AUGGAUUUAAAAAUAUAGCAUUUCUAACUUGAAGACAUUUACUAGAGAUGUUCAAAUAAGGUUACAUAAUAAGAAGGUCUAGAAAGAUUAUAAAUACCAUCUGAAGUGUUCUUUGAAUCAUGGAAUGCCUUCAACAAAUGGUGCAAGAGUUAAUUAGAUUUAGAAAGAACAAUAUCGAUUCCCAAUUUUGGUAAUCUGACUUACAAAAAGUUAAGUGAUGGAAGCGACAUAAAUAAUUAAAAUGCAAAAACAAUAAUGAUAUACUUUAGUGAGAAUCUUAUAAUCUCCAAAAAUUUGAAAUACAGAGGUGACAUUGACAACUCAAAUUUCCCUCCAAUUAAAAUUAAUUAUAGUGCUGUUCAUAAGCUUUGCCCUGAAAUCAAUAAAUAGGCAGUUAAGGUUUGCAUUGAAUCCAUAUUUAAUGAAAUAAAUGAAGUUCUUAGCAUUAAUAAUGUAGAAGUAGAUCUUGGAAAUUUUGGAAAAAUAAAUUGCUUUGAAAGGACAUUGAGCCUUGAACCAUUUAUCUUAAAUAAGAAAGUGUAAAAUGGAAAGUCAAAGCAAACAGUCAGAUCACUUCUUGAUUCUCGUAAAGGUUUAUCAGCCUCUGUACAUAUGCUGAGAGCAGCUAAUAAAGAAAUUGAUUAUUUUGGAGGAACAGGAAACAAUACUCCUUAAUCCAAAGGAGUUAAUUCUAACUCUAAUUUUAAUAGCAUUAAUAAUCCUUAAAGCUUAGAUGCUAGUGCUCAACUAAACGCUUCGAAGCUUAAAUUAUAAUUAAGUAUAAGCGCUGGAGAUAGCAUUGACAAUAGUAAUAUGAAUAAUUCACAAUUUAACCGCAAAAAUUUAAGGAUGACUAAAAAUUCAGUGGCUUCUAAAUUUGUUUAAAAUAAUGAUAAAUAAUAAUAUUCGCCCACUAGAAGAUAUAAGCACAAUAAUGUCUAGAUUGAUCCUGAGCUUUUGGCAGCAGGCACAGACCCGUUAUCAAAGAACUAAGACUUCUCUAAGCUAGCAAAUAGUGCUAGUUUACUUAUAAAUUCUAGUUUUUUAAAGCCCCCAUAAGCUAGUAUAAGGUUCCCUCCCAUACUUGAUAGAUUCUCAAGAACAUUGGCUUCACCGUUAGCUGCUUAAAAGCAUAAUUUAUCAGUAAGCGCUAGAAUAGCUUCAAAUUAUACUCCUACUGCAAAGAAACUCUCUUUUGACUAAGAAACAAAAGGUAUUAAAAUAAUGAAGCUAUUUGAUACAUCAGUAUAAUUCACAGCUAAUUAAGAGCUCCUAUAACCUCCUGCAACAUUCUUCGAAGAACUUUCUUUUGUUGUCGAUGGAGUAAGAAAUUAAGAAUUAAACAACAAGAUGAAGGCAAAAAGAACCUGCUAUGAAAGAUAUAAAGCAUACAUUGAGAAUGAAAUACCUAUUGAAUUUGUUGCUUCUAUUAACAAUUAUUGGAUAACUGAUAUUUUAGAUUUGAUCCCUCACUAACUAUAAUAUGUUGAUAGGUAAGUGAUGGAGAAUAUGAUUAAUCAAAUGCUUAAUGAAAUUAACAAAGACUACUAUGACUCAGUGCGUAAAGCUAUACUUGAUUAUGUUCUUAAAGAUGAAACAGAAAUGCUUAGAAUUGGAAUUAUGGAGAUCUAUGAUGGAGUUGUUGAUUAUGGAGACAAUUAUUAUAAAGGAAUAGAACCUGAUUUGGACUGGAAGGAAGAUGUGAAUGCCGCUAAAUAAGAGAUUAUUUCUAAUCUUGUCAUUAAUUCUAGUUCGACAUUAAAACUUAUGCAACUAUGGAAAAGAUAUGAAAAAAUGCAUUUCUUAGUAUUACCAACAAAGAAAGAUUAAACAAUGACCAUUCAAAACUUCUUAGAAAUUUAACUCAAAAAUAUCACAGAAGUUAAAAACCACCUGAUUUCAGAAUGGCAUAAAGAUGUUAUUGACAUCUAUCAAGAAGAAUUAAAUUAGAUGAACAAAAACAAACGAUAGGCAAUUCUUUUCUUCAAUUCAAAUGCUACUCUUAUGUCUAAUUAGAUAAGAUAGCUUGUUUCCGAUUCUCUCAUUUUAUAUAAGGAAUUCUUUUAGCGCUUUAAGAAGAACAAACUUCUAACUCCUAAAGAUAUUAUAGAGCGUGAGAAAAAUCACAACAAUUCUAUUGAAGAUGUCUUUCUACAUGUUAAAUUGACUGCUGAGGAUAGAAGAAUUGAAUUUGCAGAUGAUUUGUAUGAAAGUAUACACAAAGAAUUGAUAAAAAUCAUAGAUGACAUAAUUGCAACCACUCAAGGUUUCCCUAGACCUGAAAACACUAUAGCUAGAAGUGUUGUAAAAUCUCUUUGGGCUGUUCCUAGAGAUGAUGAAAUAUUCUUAAAUGUGAAAGAAGAAAUAGAUAGCAUCUUGGAAAGGAAUCUAAAGAAUGUGCAAGAAGUUGUAAAGGUUUAUGAUAAAUACUCAUAUUUGUUAGAAGAAAAGCAAAGAGUUGAAGCAUGGACAAGGACACCUAGGAAAAGAGAAGAGUUCACAGCUGAAAUGAACAAAUAUAAAAAACUGUAUGACGAAAUAAAUAAAGAAAUACCUUUUUAUGUCAGAACUAAUAUGGUUUUAGUUGAUGGUGUUGAUGUCAAAAAGAUUUUCUUGUAAAUCUGUUAAGAUAUAGUGAUAAUUCUCCAGACAAGUAUACAUCAUUAUUUACUUUCAAAGAAUGCUGAAAUAGCCAAGGAGAUUAACACAAUUUAAGAAUUCAUAAAGAGUAAGGCAGAAAAUUAUGAAAAAAUGAAAGACCUAGAAAUAACAAUAGAUAAAAUUAAAAAAACUGAUCACAAAAGAAUUUAGGGUGACUAUUAGGAUGUUAAAGUGUGGUUCAAUUUACUUUACAAUACAGUUCACAAAGUGAGCGAAGAUGAUUUAAAGUAGCUUUACAUUACAGCUAGCUUAGUUUAUAAUCUGAUGAAUGUUGUUGAAUAAGAAGAGUCUAGGUUAUAAAAGGAAAAAGAAGAACUUGAAUAAAGAUUAAAAAGAAAGAAAGAUGAAUUCGAAUUAAAUAUUUAGGAUAUUCAUUAGAAAAUUGAUUAACUAAAUACUACAUAUGCUAAUGAAUAUUCAAAGGAAGAAGCCUGUAAAGCUAUUGAAGGUUACAGUUAAACACUUAAGGAAUACACUGCUGAAAUGAAAGAAAUAAACCUUAGAGAAGAGCUUAUUGGUUGGACUUAAUCUGAAUUCCCAAAACUCCAAGAAGCUGAAAACAAUCUAUUACCAUACUAAGAUUUAUGGUUUUUAAUUAGAGAUAAAAGCGACAAAAUAGACUUAUGGAAGAAAGUAAAGUCUGUUUUCACCUUAGAUCCUGAAGAAAUUGAAAGAGAUGUUAAGACUAUGUUAAAUAAAGCAACUAAACUUAAAAUUAUGUUUUCUAAGGCUAAAAAUAUGGUUAAUCCUUUAGAAUUAACACAUACAGUUCUUGAAGAUUUAAGAGAAUUUUAAAAGCACUAGCUAUUAAUUCACGUAUUCUCAAAUAAAGGACUUAAAGAAAGACAUUGGGAUGAGAUAAGUAACUUAGUAGGUUUUAAAGUAGAUCCCCAUAAAAAGGAAUCCUUAAGCAGGUUUAUUGGUCUUAAUCUAGAAGAUAAAUAUUAAAAACUAGAAGAAAUUUCUGAUUCUGCAACUAAAGAAUUCAGCAUAGAAAAAAUUUUAGAUAAGAUGAGAGAAGACUGGGAACCAAUAGUAACAGAGCUCAAAUCAUGGAAAGACACAGGUACUUUUAUUGUUUCAGGAGGAAGUGUCGAUGAAACUCAAACUAUUUUGGACGAUUAAAUUGUUAAAACCAUGACAAUGAAGGGUUCACCAUAUGCAAAGAUAUUUGAAGAUAGAAUUAUUGAAUGGGAAGAUUGGUUAAAUUACACCCAAAGUCUCUUUGAUUAUUUUCUCAAGGUGUAAUCUGUUUGGUUGUACCUCGAACCUGUCUUUACCUCUCCUGAUAUAACAAAGCAUUUGCCUAUGGAAGGAGAAGAAUUCAGAAAGGUUGACUUUGAUUGGCGUAACCAAGUUAUGGGAAAGGUUUGCAGAGAUCCCAAGGUAGUAGAAUUCACUAAAGAUAAAAGAAUGCUUGAUAUCCUCAAAGAAUCUCAUAUUAGAUUAGAAAAAGUCCAAAAAGGUUUGAACAGCUACUUGGAAGGAAAGAGAUCUAACUUCCCUCGUUUCUAUUUCUUGUCAAAUGAUGAAUUGUUAGAAAUUUUAUCAGAAACCAAAGAUCCUUAGCGUGUACAACCCCAUCUUAAGAAGUGCUUUGAAGGUAUUUAAAAACUCAAAAUCGAUAACGAAAAAAAGAUUUUGGGUAUGUAUUCAUCAGAAGGAGAAUAUGUCGAAUUCCUCACACUUGUUGAUACUAAUCAGGCAAGAGGUAAUGUAGAUGAAUGGUUGGUAUGGGUAGAAGAGAGAAUGAUUGAGAGUAUUCACAGUGUAACAGCAAUAGCUUUCGAAGAUUAUCAAUAAAUGAAAAGAAGGGAAUUUGUUUUAAAUAGGUGUGGUAUGGCAGUAUUAAGUGUGAAUAUGACAUAUUGGACAUAUGGAACUGAGAAGAAUCUAAAUGAUCAUGGAAACAAGGGUGCUGUUCUAUUUGCAUAAGAAUGUACUGAAUAACUUGAGUAAAUUGUAGAUCUAGUCAGAUCUGAUAUAUCUCCUUUGGAUAGAUGCACUAUAGAAGCUCUUAUAGUAUUGGAUGUUCAUAAUAGAGACUGCAUAACUCAGUUAGCAGAGAAAAAUAUUGACAAAAUAUCAGAUUUUGAUUGGUAAGCAUAGCUUAGAUAUUAUUGGUAAGAUAAUGAUACAAUAGUAAAAAUUAUCAAUGCAGUCUGCGAUUAUAACUAUGAGUAUUUAGGUAAUUCUAGUCGUUUGGUCAUUACACCACUCACAGACAGGUGCUAUAGAACACUUUGCGGAGCUAUUCAUUUAAAUUAUGGAGGUGCUCCAGAAGGACCUGCAGGUACUGGUAAGACAGAAACAGUAAAAGAUUUAGCCAAAGCUCUUGCUAGAUAGUGUGUUGUAUUUAAUUGUUCAGAUGGUUUAGAUUAUAAGGCUAUGGGAAAAUUCUUCAAAGGAUUAGCAAGUAGUGGUGCUUGGAGCUGCUUCGAUGAGUUCAAUCGUAUAGAUUUAGAAGUACUUUCAGUCGUUGCACAGUAGAUGCUCACAAUAUAAUUAGCACGUGCUGAAGGAAAGAAAGAGUUCUUUUUCGAAGAUUCAACAAUACGUUUAAAACCAACUUGCAACGCAUUUAUCACGAUGAAUCCUGGUUAUGCAGGACGUUCAGAACUUCCAGAUAACUUAAAAGCCUUGUUCCGUUCAGUUGCUAUGAUGGUUCCUGAUUAUGCUAUGAUUUCUGAAAUUUGUCUUUAUUCAUAUGGUUUUUCAGAUGCUAGAAACCUUGCUCGUAAAAUCGUUACUACUUACAAGUUGUGUUCUGAAUAGCUUUCAUCAUAAGACCACUAUGAUUAUGGUAUGAGAGCAGUAAAGUCUGUCUUGACUGCAGCUGGUAAUUUAAAGAGAAAAUUCGUUAAUGAAAACGAAAGUAUUUUAAUGCUUAGAGCAAUCAAUGAUGUAAAUCUUGCCAAGUUCUUGGCUUUUGAUCUUCCUCUUUUCAAAGGUAUAACAAGUGAUUUAUUCCCAGGAAUUUCUUUACCUGAAAUCGAUUAUCAAAAUAUGCAUGAUUGCAUAGAUUUAACUCUCAAAAAAUUAAAUCUUUAGAAAGUUCCAUAUUUCAUUGAGAAAAUUAUUUAACUCUAUGAAAUGAUUCUUGUAAGACAUGGUUUGAUGGUCGUUGGUAUGCCGUUUUCUGGAAAGACAUCAGCUAUUAAAGUUUUGGCUGGAGCACUUACUCUUUUGAAUGAAAGAAACUAAAUGAACGAGAAAAAAGUGUAAAUAACUACUAUUAAUCCUAAGUCAAUAACUAUGAAUUAACUCUAUGGUUUUUCAGAUGAAGUCUCUCAUGAAUGGGCAGACGGAGUUUUAGCUAUUAAAUUCAGAGCAUUUGCAAAAUAAGAAAAUGAUGAUAGAAAAUGGUUAAUUUUUGAUGGACCUGUUGAUGCUGUUUGGAUUGAAAAUAUGAAUACAGUCUUAGAUGAUAACAAAAAACUUUGUUUGAAUUCUGGUGAAAUUAUAGCUAUGAGUAAAAGUAUGAAUAUGAUGUUUGAGCCUAUGGAUUUAGCAGCUGCUUCUCCUGCCACAGUAUCAAGAUGUGGUAUGAUUUAUAUGGAACCUUCUUCGAUGGGAUGGAGACCUCUCUAUAAUAGUUGGAAGAAAAAUUUACCUUCUACUCUUCGUGAAGAAGAUUAUGUUGAAAUAGAUAUGCUCUUUAACUGGGUUGUAGAUCCAGCACUUAAAUAUCUCAGAUAAAGCUUAAAAGAAAUCUCUCCAACUCAAGAUUAAAAUUUAGUUGUUACUUUAAUGAGAAUAUUUAGGGGUUUAUUGAAAGAUUUAGAAAAUCAAGAAACAUAUGAUAAGUUAGACAUCAAAUAGCGUUUCUAAUAAAUCGACAUGAAGUUUAUUUUCUCUUACAUGUGGUCUAUUGGAGGAUCUUUAUGUACAUCUGUUGAUAGAAAAUAGUUUGAUCUAUUUUCUAAGAGACUUUUUGGCAAAGAUAUAGUUGUUUAAGUGGAGAGUAAGAAAAUUUCACUUCCAGAAAGAGGUACUAUGUAUGAUUAUAUCUAUAAGAUUGAAGAUAAAAAACCUGAAGGUGAUUGGUAACUUUGGAUUGAUUAAAUCGUGCCUGAAGAAAUAAAUCCUAAAAAGAAACCCAAUGAGAUUAUAAUUCAAACUUCUGAUACUGCUCGUUAUAGCUAUUUAUUAAAGUAAAAUAUAAAGAUGGAGGUUCCAACACUGUUUUGUGGUCCAACUGGAACUGGAAAAUCUACUUACAUCAAAAAUUUACUGAUGAAUGAUUUACCACGUUCUUAAUAUAUGAAUAUUGAAGUUGGUUUUUCAGCUCAAACAAGCUCAACUCAGACUAUGGAUAUUAUUGAUAAGAAAUUAGAUAGAUUGAAGAAAGGUGUUUAUGGACCUAAAUAAGGUAAAUGCAUUAUUUUUGUUGAUGAUUUGAAUAUGCCAACAAAAGAAAAAUGGGGAGCACAACCUCCUAUUGAAAUUCUCCGUUAAAUGCUUGAUUAAGGUGGCUGGUAUGAUUUAAGUGAUAAAGAAAAACCUUUUAAAUAAAUUGUAGAAAUCAUAUUUGUAAGUGCUAUGGGUCCUCCAGGAGGUGGAAGAACUUUUAUAACUCCUAGAUUAUUGCGUCACUUAAAUUUAGUAGCUCUUGCUAACUUUGAUGAAGAAACACUUAAUAGAAUUUUCGGAACAAUCCUGCAUUGGUACAUGUAAGUGAACCAAUUUUCUCCAGAAGUUAUUAAAAAUGAAAAUAAAGUUAUCAACGCUACUCUAGAAAUUUAUAAGAUGGCUAUGAAUGAAUUGUUACCUACUCCUAUGAAGAGUCAUUAUCUCUUUAACUUAAGAGAUUUUGCUAAGGUUAUUAUGGGUGUUUGUAUGAGUGAUAAAGACACAAUCGCAAAUCCAGAUAUCUUGAUAAGACUUUGGGUUCAUGAAUGCUGGAGAGUUUUUGCUGAUAGAUUAAUUAAUGAGGAUGAUAGACUUUUAAUGCUUAAGGGGUUAAGAGAAACAGUUAAAAAGAUAUUUGGACUUAACUUUGAUACAGUUUUCUAACACUUGGACAACCCUAAUGAUAAGGAUGAAAAAAUUGAUACAUUAGAUGAGAUGAGAGGAUUAAUCUUUACAGAUAUAUUGACACCUUUAGGUGCACCUAAAAGGCCAUACGAAGAAGUUAUUGAUAAGAAUAAGUUACAAGCUGCUUGUGAUGAAGCUUUAGGAAAUUAUAAUAUGCUAAGUGAUAAACCUAUGGACCUUGUUUUAUUCUCAUUUGCUAUAGAACACUUGUUAAUUAUUGAAAGAAUACUUAAAUAACCUUCGGGAAACGCUCUAUUAGUUGGUGUUGGAGGUUCUGGCCGUUAAUCUUUGACUAGAUUAGCAGGUUCUAUGGUUGAUGCAUCAAUUAUUCAAAUUGAAAUCAGUAAAACUUAUGGUAAAAAUGAGUGGUAAGAAGACCUUAGAAAAGUUCUUAAAAAUGCAGGAGCAAAAGGUCUACCUACUGUCUUCUUAUUUACAGAUUCACAGAUUAAAUAAGAAGGUUUUGUUGAAGAUAUAAAUAACUUACUAAAUACUUGCGAAGUUCCAAAUCUCUUCCCUGCAGAAGAUAAGGCAGAAAUUUAAGAAGCUGUUCGUGCACCUUCCAAAGCAGAAGGAAAAUGUCCUGAUGGUCAUCCAGAAUAACUAUAUUCUUACUUCGUAGAGAGAUGUAAGUAAAAUUUACAUAUUGUGCUUUGCUUUUCUCCUAUUGGUGAUGCUUUCAGAAACAGAGUUAGAAUGUUCCCUUCUCUAGUUAAUUGUUGCACAAUUGAUUGGUUCUUCGAGUGGCCCUAAGAUGCAUUAGUUUCUGUAGCUAAGAAAUUCUUAGAAAAAAUUGAAAUGGAUGUUGAAAUAAAGUAGUCUUGUACAGAGAUGGUUUAGUAUUUCCAUCAGUCUACUAUUUAAUGGUCUAAUAAAUUCUACAGUCACUUAAAAAGAAAAUUCUAUGUAACACCUACUUCUUAUCUUGAAAUGAUCAUUACUUUCCAGAAUUUACUUGCUGAAAAACGCAAAGAAGUAAAGUCCUCAAUAGAUAAGUAUGAAAAUGGUUAUAAUCAAAUUAUAGAAACAGAGAAAGCUGUAGGUAAAAUGCAAAUUGAUUUGACAGAUAUGGUCCCUAAAUUAAAGAAAGCCGCUGAAGAUACUGAAGAAAAGAUGAAGAUUGUAGCAAAGGAGAAAUCUGCUGCAGAUAUCUUAGCUUCUGGUAUUUAGAAAGAAGAAGCUGUUGUUCAAAUUGCUGUUAAUGAAGCUAAUCUUAUUAAAGAAGAUUGUGAAAAAGAUUUAGCAGAAGCAAUGCCAGCAUUAGAAGCUGCAGAAAAUGCACUAAAUUGUAUUUAAAAAGCCGAUAUUGAUUUCUUGAAAUAAAUGAGAAAUCCUGUUGAGCCUAUCAGAGCUACUAUGAAAGCUGUCUGCUUGAUUCUUUAUCCAAAUCCAACUGAGAAAAAGAAAGAUGGACUUAAAACUGUGAUUGAUUGGUGGGCUGCUUCAGUAAAGCUUUUGAAUAACCCACAACUCCUUAAAGAUAUGAAAGGAUAUAAUAAAGAAGCAAUAGAGGACAAGAUAAUUUAAAGUUUGGGUUCCUACUUUAAUGAUCCAGAAGCAAAGGAUAGUUUAGAAAAGAGUGUAGUAGAAAAAGCUUCACCAGUUUGCUACUCUAUGCUUAUGUGGGUAAGAGCUAUGUACGACUUCUAUUUUGUCAACAAAAAGGUUAAGCCUAAAAAAGCUGCUCUUGAAGAAUCAAAUGAAAAAGUGUCAAAACUUAAUGCCUAACUUUACGAGAAGCAAAAAGAACUUAAGGUGGCUACAGAUAAAGUUGAUGCUCUUAAUAAAGAUCUAAAAAUAACAUAAGAUAAUAAACAAAAUUUAGAAAAGAGAUAUGAAGACUGUUCAAAACAACUAGAAAGAGCUAAAACAUUAAUAGAAAACUUAGGAGGUGAAAAAGGAAGAUGGGGAGACUUUGCUGAAAAAUUAAAGUAAUUCUUCACGUUAUUAACUGGAGAUGUUAUUAUUUCAUCUGGUGUUAUAGCAUAUUUAGGCCCUUUCACUCCUACUUACAGACAAUAAAUAAUUGAAGAGUGGGUCCUUAAAUGCUCUGAUAAAAAUAUUCCAAGAAGUGAUAAAUUUAGCUUAGUAUAAGUUCUAGGAGAUUAAGUAAAGAUUAGAGCUUGGAACAUUGAUGGACUUCCUAGUGACAGUUUCUCAAUUGAAAACGGUAUCAUAGUAUUUAAAUCUAGAAGAUGGCCUCUUUGCAUUGAUCCCUAAGGAUAAGCAAAUAAGUGGAUUAAAAAAAUGGAACAAUCUAGAGGAAUUAGUAUCAUAAAAUUGACUGAUGGUGAUUAUUUGAGAACUUUAGAAAAUAGUAUUCAAUUUGGUAAACCUGUUUUGUUAGAAAAUGUUGGAGAAGAUCUCGAUCCUUCUCUAACUCCAAUAUUACUCAAGCAAGUAUUCAGUAAAGGAAAUACUCAAUAUAUAAAAUUAGGUGAAAGUGUGAUUGAAUACUCUCAAGAUUUUAGGUUCUAUAUCACUACAAAGCUUAGAAAUCCUCACUAUCUACCAGAACUUUCAACAAAAGUGACUAUCCUUAACUUCAUGAUUACUUAUGAAGGAUUAAAUGACUAAUUGUUAGGUAUUUUAGUCAAGAAAGAAAGACCUGAUUUGGCCUCUGAAAAGGAGAGACUUAUUAUAGAAGGUGCUAGCAACAAGAAACAGCUAGCUGAAAUAGAAGAUAAGAUAUUGCAAGUUUUAUCUGGAAACAAAAACAUUUUAACAGAUGAAUCUGCCAUUAAUAUAUUAACUGCUUCUAAGGUAACUUCAAAUGAAAUUAGUGAAAAGUAAAUUAUAGCUGAAAAGACAGAAAAAGAAAUUGAUGAAGCUAGACAAACUUACUAGCCUGUAUCAACUUAAGCAUCCUGCUUAUUCUUCUCUAUUUCAGAUUUGGGUAAUCUUGAUCCUAUGUAUCAGUAUUCUUUGGUUUACUAUUUAGAUCUAUUUACUUAAGGUAUUAUCAAUGCAGAAUAAUCAGAAAGUUUUGAUUAAAGAUUAUUGAAUCUAAAGGAUUAUUUCUUGUAUUCAUUGUAUUCAAAUAUUUGUAGAUCUCUUUUUGAAAAAGAUAAGCUCGUAUUCUCCACUCUUUUGUGUGUUAGGUUGCUAGAAUUUAGAGGAGAGGAAAAUAUAAACGAUUUUUGGAGAUUCCUUUUAACAGGAGGUAUUGCCCUUAGCGAUUAACUUCCUUAAAAACCUACUCAUCUUAGUUGGCUUUCAGCUAAAUCUUGGGGUGAGCUUGUCCGUCUAUCUGAUUUACAUGGAUUCUAAGAUUUCUAUAAAUUGUUAUUGGAUCCAUCAAAUGGAGAAUAAUUCAGAUAAAUAUAUGAAUCAAAUGAACCUUAAAAUGUACCUCUUCCAUAAUGUAUUAACAUUCCUAAAAUGAACAAGCUAGGAAAGUUGUGCAUUUUAAGAACCAUUCGUCCUGAUAAAAUUAUUCCUGCAGUUUAAGACUUUAUUAAAGAUAAUUUAGGUCAGCCAUUCAUAGAACCUCCUCCUUUUGAUCUUAGUUUAAUUUAUAAGGAUUCUCUGGCUACUACUCCUCUUAUUUUUGUUUUAUCUCCUGGUUCUGAUCCGUUUGCAAGUUUGAAUGCUUUUGCACAAAAGAUAAACAAGAAUAUAAAAGCUAUUUCUCUUGGUUAAGGAUAAGGACCAAUUGCUUUAAGAAUGAUCAAUGAAGGCUAAUAAUCUGGAGAUUGGAUCGUCUUAUAAAAUUGUCAUUUAGCAGUUACAUGGAUGACCACUCUUGAAAAGCUAUGCGAAGAGAUUUCACCAGAUCCUAAAGUCACCAACCCUGAAUUCAGACUAUGGCUUACAUCUUAUCCUUCAAAAGAUUUCCCUACUUCCGUGCUUUAGGCUGGUAUAAAGAUGACUAAUGAACCUCCUAAAGGCUUGAAGAACAAUAUCUAAGGUAGUUAUCUCAUUGAUCCUAUUAAUAAAUCUGAAUUCUUUGACACAUGCUAGAAUUCUCCUGCAUUCAAAAAGCUCCUAUUUGGUUUAUGUUUCUUCCACGCUGUAAUCUAAGAAAGAAGAAAAUAUGGACCUCUUGGUUGGAAUAUAUCUUAUGAGUUCAAUGAGUCAGACUUACGUAUUUGUGUUCGUUAACUGAAGAUGUUCUUAGAUGAAUUUGGAAAUUAAAUUCCUUAUGAUGCUCUAAAGUAUCUGACAGCUGAAUGUAAUUAUGGAGGUAGAGUUACUGAUGAUAAAGAUAGAAGAUUAAUUACAACUCUUUUAGAAGACUAUUACUGUGAUAAAACUGUUAACGAUCCAAAUUACUAAUUUGCAAACAAUCCAGUAUAUAAGCCACCUAAUGUAGAAACUAGCUAAGACUUUAUAUAAUAUAUUAAAGACAAUUUCCCACUCAUAACUCCUCCAGAUGUCUUUGGUUUCCACACUAACGCUGAUAUCACCAAAGACAUGAAUGAAACUAAUCUUUUCACUGAUUCACUACUCAUUUGCUCUUCAGCUUCAAGUGGUGGAGGCGGAAACUCAUAUGAAGAAACAUUAAAUAGUGUUUGCGAUAGCAUUUUGCAUGACUUCCCUGAACCUUUUAAUACUGAGCAAAUCCUUGAAAAAUAUCCAGUUCUUUACGAAGAAAGUAUGAACACAGUAUUAAACUAAGAACUUACUCGUUUCAACAAAUUAAUAAGAGUAAUUAAGAGCUCUUUAAAUGAUAUCAAGAAAGCUCUUAAGGGUUUGAUAUUAAUGUCACCUUAGUUAGAAGCUGCUUCUAAGAGCAUAUUUGACGGAAAAGUACCAGAAAUGUGGAUGAGUAAUAGUUACCCUUCACUCAAGCCUUUGGGUGGAUAUGUCAAAGAUUUAAGACAAAGAUUAAGCUUUUUCUAAAACUGGAUUGAUGAGGGAACUCCUAUGUCAUUCUGGUUAAGUGGUUUCUAUUUCACACAAAGUUUCUUAACAGGUGUUCUAUAAAACUAUGCUAGAAAGUAUACUAUUCCUAUUGAUGAAAUCGUCUUCGACUACUUAUGCAUAAAAGAAGAAAAAAUUGAAAAUAAGCCUGAAGAUGGUGCAUUUAUAUAUGGACUUUUCAUAGAAGGUUCUAAAUGGAAUUAUGAAACUAUGUUAUUGGAUGAGUCUGAUCCAAAGAUUCUCUUUGUAAAGUGCCCUAUAUUAUAGCUUGUUCCAUGCCACGUAAAGAACGUAAAACCCCCUCAACAUUAUAAUUGCCCAGUAUACAAAACUUCAGCUCGUAAAGGUACUCUUAGUACUACCGGUCACUCCACAAACUUUGUAAUGUGGAUAAGACUGCCAACUGAUAAAGAGCAAAGACACUGGAUAAAGCGUGGUGUCGCUCUUCUCACCUAAUUAGACGAUUGA